AUGGCGGCAGGUGGCGAUAGUACAUCCACCAAGCAGAAGAAGAAACAUCACGGUGAUGGCGGUACCGGUGCCUUCGGUUUACUUGGUCUCAAUAAAACUCUAUGUUACGCCCUUGAACAUAAACUGAGAUAUAAGCAACCGUCAACUAUCCAGAGGAAGACUAUACCAGCCGUUUUGCAAGGGCGUGAUGUUGUUUGUAUCGCUAGAACCGGUUCGGGCAAAACCGCUGCAUACCUUGCUCCGAUAGUGCAGCUUUUGGAAGGUCAUUCUAGGACAGUGGGUGUCAGAUGUCUUGUGUUACAUCCAACUAGGGAACUUGCGUUGCAAGUUGCAUCUGUUCUGAAAAAGUUUAUUGGAUUUACCAAACGUGAUGAUGCUCUGCGGAGUGCCACAAUCAUCGGUGGAGAAUCUGUUGAAAGCCAAUUCGGUGCUCUUACGUUCAAUCCAGACAUUGUAGUAGCUACACCAGGAAGACUGUCCCAACAUAUAGUGGAACAUAGUAUCGACCUGAACCUCCUAUCGCAGUUUGUUAUCGACGAGGCUGACAAAUUAUUCGAGAUGGGUUUCAUGCCAGAUGUAUACCGUAUAUUUUCUAAGCUUCCAGAAAAAAGGCAGACUAUGUUAGUCAGUGCUACAUUACCAUCUGAGCUUACUGAAUUUGUAAAUUUCGGGUUACGUAAUCCGGUCAUCGCACAAGUUGAUAAGGACAUGCAGAUCAACGAGCAGCUUGAAUUAAGGUUUAUCUAUAGUCGUUCUGAGGAGAAGAUAGCUGUUUUAUUAAAAUUGCUAAAGUGUGCUGAAGACAAAGAGCGAACUAUAGUGUUUGUGUCUACAAAGCACCAUGUGGAGUUUUUUCGUGCGUUAUUAACUGCUAAUGGCCUCUCUAUAUCUGCAGUGUACGGUGCCAUGGAUAUGACAGCACGUUCACAACAAAUGUCACUUUUCAGAUCAUGUAAGACUAAGGUGUUGGUAGUGACUGACCUUGCGGCUCGUGGGUUAGACCUACCGUUGGUUGACUGUGUGAUAAAUUUUGACUUUCCGCAUUCUUCUAAAUUGUUCAUACACCGUGUAGGAAGGACAGCACGUGCUGGUCGUCAGGGUCUCGCGAUAUCAUUAGUGACAAUGUACGAUUUUGCUUUUGCGUUUGAAAUUCUGACUGCGAUAGGACGUAAUUUGAUAAUAUCUAAGGAGCUGCCUUUCGGUAACGAAACUUGUUGCAUAGGUACUGUAGGAGAUAUAACGGUGAAUGUCGAGAAGGUGAAAUCGAUUAUACAGAACGAUAGUGAUGUGGAGAGUUUGAAAAUGUCCAUGGAUGCUUCAUACAAUCUUUACUACAAAACAAGACCCAGCCCGUCCAAUAACGCUGUAGAUCGUGCACGAAGACUGUUAGAGGCUUUAGGAGGUAUCAAUACUGUGAGUAACUCUGUACAUCCUGCUUAUAUGAAUGCAUCUGCGGGUUCGGCUUCGGCUCCUACGGCCAAUGCAGAGCCAACAGCUAAAGAAAGUCAGGAUACUAGUCAUACUAAGGAGAACAUCCUUGAAUACCUUCAUGGCUUCCGUCCUUCAUCUGCUAAAACCACGAUAUUGACAUCACUACCGGCAAGUUCUAUCGCAACUAUGGAGCGUGCGAAACAUUAUGCUAAGCAGUUCCAGAAAUUGGAUUCUAGUAUGAAAAUAUCUGGUACUGAUGUAUCAGACAUAAUGGGCGUUGCGAAGUGUGAUGCAUAUGGUUCGGUAUCAAAGAGCGAGUUUUUGGUACCGUCUUCCGCAUCAACAUCUGUGUCUCAGGACGAGCUGAGGCUGCCUAACAUAACUCUAAACAUAACUCCUGAUUCUGAAGAGCUAAUGCAGAAAUCUAGGUUUCAACGUAAACAGCAUUGGGAUCCUAAGAAGAAGAAGUUUGUUCAAGUGACCGUCGAUUCUAUGACUAAGCGUGUAAUAAAGAACGAGAGUGGUCAGAAGGCAAGGGUGACAGUUGAGAACCAAGGUUUGCUUAAGAAAUGGAUGAAGACGAGCCAUAAGCGUAUACAAAAGGUCGGUGAGGAAGAGGAGCAUCAGUCGUCUAUAAAGGUUACUAAGUUUCCCGAUGACGAUGAGUGUGACUCUUCUGAUGAUGUGAAUGUUAGCAAGAAACCCAACUAUGACGAGCUGAUCCGCAUGUUCCCAAAACAUGCUGCUACAUUUGAGGCUGCAAAGCUCAACCUACCAAUGACGCACAAGCAGAAGCGUACAUUGAAAAGGCUUACCACUGAGCGUAAAUUCGACAAUACGCGUCCGGAACCAAAAUCUACGAAACGUCGUAAGACUAAGAAACGUUUGAGCCCCGAAGAGUUUAAGAAGAAGGUCGAUCGUAAGAUCGCUUCUAAGGGUGCGCCAAGUCGUAGCAAGCUGAUAGUACGUAAGCGUCGUAAAUGA